AGAUUUUGUUUUGAACACUGAAAAUAUGUGUUUCAUAGAAAUGACAUCUUAAUUAUAUGCUGAUAAGGUAUGGUGGUGACUGCUUGGAGGUCACAUCCAGGAGCACCGAAAGGAAAACACCUGUACCAUUUUAAUGACCGGAACCGACAGAAACCACCACUUUCAGAUUAAAUGGCGGACAGGGUGCGUCCCCUCCAAUCGCGUCUCCCCUCUCUUUCCUGGAAACUUCAACUUACACUCUGUUAAGAAAUAAAAUUCCAUUUUUUUUAAGGAGAAAAAAUUAUAUAUAUAAAAAAAAAGUUAAAUAUUUUUUUAUAACAAAUUUCGAAAAUACUUCAACUUGUUUUGUUUUUCUUUCAUGUACAACGUAUAUAUAUGCCCCCAGAGAAACGUGACUACGGAAAAGUAUGACGCACGAAACGCUUCUUUCGAGAGGCAUCCCCUUCUCCUCCCUCCCCGACUCCUACGUCCGCCCACCAUCCGAGCGUCCCAGGCUCUCCGAGGUCCUCCCCUUCCGCGCCAUCCCCAUCAUCGACCUCGCCUCCCCCGACCGCUCCGACGUCGUCCGUCAAGUCCGCCACGCCUGCGCGUCUUACGGCUUCUUUCAGAUUGUGAACCAUGGCAUGCCUGGAGCACUGGUUGAGAACAUGCUGCGCAUCGCCCGCAACUUCUUCAGGCUGCCCAUCGAGGAGAAGAUGAAGCUUUACUCCGACGACCCCUCCAAGAAGCUCAGGCUCUCCACCAGCUUUAACGUCAAGAAGGAGACCGUCAACAACUGGAGGGACUACCUCCGUCUCCACUGCCACCCCCUCGAGGAAUUCAUCCACGAGUGGCCCACUAACCCUCCCGAUUUCAGAGAUGUGGUCGGUGAGUACAGCAAAGAAGCAAGGGAGCUUGCCCAGCGAGUGAUGGAACUCAUCUCUCUGAGCUUAGGGCUCGGCGAAGACUACUUACGAAGGCGUUUGGGAUCACAGGCCCAGCACAUGGCUAUCAAUUACUACCCGGUUUGUCCCGAGCCCGAGCUCACCUACGGCUUGCCCGGACACACUGACCCCAACGCCCUCACCAUCCUUCUCCAAGAUGGGAUCGCCGGACUGCAGGUUAUGAUAGACCAGCAGUGGCUCGCCGUGGAUCCCGUGCCGGGCGCCUUCGUCGUCAAUAUAGGCGAUCAAAUUCAGGCACUAAGCAAUGCCAGGUACCGGAGCGUGUGGCACCGAGCCGUCGUCAACUCGAAGCAGGAGCGAAUGUCGAUCGCGACGUUCAUGUGCCCGGGCUCCGACGCCAUGAUAGAGGCAGCGGAAGAGCUUGCCGGAGAGGGAGAGGGUGGACUUGUUUACAGAAGCUUCACCUACGACGAGUACUACAAGCAAUUCUGGAGCCGCAGUUUGGAUGAUGACCAUUGUUUGGAGUUCUUCAAGAGAAGACCGAACUCUACUUGGCGUUUGAAUCGUGGGAAUCUGGCCUGAGGAAUUUUGCUUAUUUCUAAUGUACCAAAUCUGAUCGUGGUCUGAACUUUAAUACGAUUCACAGUUUGGGGUUCCAUAUCCAUUUGUAAACCUAGCAGGAAUACUGAGCAUGGUCCCCAUCGCCUUAUUCCCGCACAUGUUAGAGUCGGAUUCACCAUCUCCGUGGAGUCCUGUAACUUUCAUGCUUGGUGGAAUAAUUUAAUCUCAUGAAUGGAAUUACUUUCUGUCUUGUAAGCA